UUAAAAGCUUUUUGCAACUAAAUAAUACGAGACAUUCACAGUUUAGGAUUUGACAAACGUCCACAUCUAAUGGAGUACUCACACUUUCUUGUCGCAAUUUUGACAACGUGUCUCAGUGUCUUUGGAAAUACGGAGUAUACCAGAAGGGUGCCUAAAUCUCCAACCAAAUUGAGAAGUACUGACGUCACCUCAUCUUCGAUUACUAUUGAGUGGGACCAUGACACUUCUAAUGACCCCGUUCUCUCAUACAUCAUUCAUCACCAAGACGAAAAUACCUCCCACACUAUUCACGGAAUUUUCGCUCAAAUGUAUCAGUUCAAAUUCUUGCCACAAAGUUCCAAGCACAUAUUUUAUGUGGUUGCAAAAAAUGAAGUCGGGCGCAGUCGGCCCAGCGAGUCACUUGAAGUCACUACUAAAAAACGAGGACCACCGAAAAUCUCCCUGGUUCCAAAGGUCGCUAGAGUUCUCGAUAAUAGCAAGGUCAUAUUUUUUUGUGAAACUUCUGGGUACCCGAGCAAUAAAUAUUUUCGUCGGAAUGGGAUACAGAGUCCUGAAAGAAUCUCCGUGCUCGCUCUGACAGAUUGCAAGUCGAUGUUACAGAUUGAUCCUGUAAAGGCAAAAACGGACAACACAAACUACACUUGUUUUGCAGACUAUACAGUCUUUACUCUCAAAGCGGAAGCAACAUUAAAGAUUUAUCGAAAUGACAAAGAGAUUCCAAAAGGAUUUCCUAAGUUUGAUGUGCAUCCCGGUACCAUGCACGUGGACUAUUUAGCAAACAUUACCUUGAACUGCGUAGCCUCUGGCGACCCCAAGCCCAAGAUUACAUGGUUGAAGACUUACCAGUUGUUGAAAAGUGACGACCGUUAUGUCAUCUCGGAUACAGGCGAAACAAUAAUGUUUCAAGCGGAUCACUACAAUUUAGGUUCAUAUUUAUGUAUUGCCGAGAAUACAUUUGGAAUUGCCUAUUCAAAAGCUGUUUGGGUAUACCUUAAAGACGGACAACUGCCCCCAAAGUUUAAAAAAGUCCCUGAAGACAUGAUCAUCGCAGCUGGCGACGACGUGCGGCUUGAGUGCUCUGCUUAUGGCUGGCCGAGACCUACUCUCAAAUGGAUGCAAAUGUAUGGGCUGAUUCGUAAUGUUUACCGAACUGAAACAAAGUCUAUCGUUCUGUAUCUGAUCAAUGUAACAUCUUCAGAAAACUACACCUGUCAAGCGUCCUCUGAUUUAGGGAUAGUUGCACAUACUGUGAAUGUUUACGUUAAAGGUGAAAAAGUUAUCCCUGAGUUUGUGGUCGUGCCGAGCGACGUGAGUAUUGGACCUGGUGGAGAUGUGAAUUUGACAUGUGAAGCUGCUGGACCCACCAUGCCUUUCGUCAGGUGGAUGGACGGGGCCGUAGAACUAACAGGAAAUGACGACUUACCGCUAGGCUUUAGCGUACUGACCUUGAUCGACGUCAUGACGUCAGCGAACUACACAUGUGAGGCAUUUUUAGAUCACGGAAAAAUCACGCAUCUCGUGCAGGUGAUAGUGAAAGCUGAUGAAACGGUACCCCAGACUCCAAGCGGAUUUAGAAUCGUGAAAAUCGACGAUACUUCCGUUGCACUGACGUGGGACUCACAAGAUGCAAACUGCUCGUACAUCGUGGAGUACCAUGUUGGGAGUAGGGGCGACGACUCUAGAUACAACCUAUCCAAAUCCGGCAUUUACAAGACCAGCUUGACGAUUACAGACCUCAAACCCAACACAAACUACACAUUCAGGGUGGUGGCUGUCAACGUAAUGGGUCGUAGCUGGCCGAGCCACCCUAUUCAAGUGAAGACGGGAAAAAAGGUAAAUAGUGAAAGAACUAUCCUAAUUAGUUCUACAAUUGUCGGUGCUGUGUUGCUUAUAUUAGCUAUAUCAAGUGCUUACUUGCUAAUAGGACUUAAAGGAUUUGACAGAAUCAACAACCGAAACAAAUGA